AUGGAAGAAAGCUCAAGUUUCUCGGCAAUGGCAUCUCUUGUCUUCAAUAGUGAAAAUUUUCACAUGUGGGCAGUGAGGAUGGAAGCUUAUCUCGAUGCUUUAGAUCUUUGGGAGGCAAUCGAAGAAGACUAUGAAGUUCUCGGAAACCCAACAAUGGCUCAACUAAAAAUUCACAAGGCCAAGAAAACCAGAAAAUCUAAGGCAAAGCAAAGGCCAUCUGGGAUCAUCUCAAGGCAUAAUAUAAAGGAGAUGAUUGUAUCAAAGAAGAUGAAAGAAUCGGAAACCAUUAAAGAAUACUCUGACAGGCUUAUGAGCAUAGCAAACAGAGUAAGAUUACUUGGUUUUGAGUUUAAAGACUCGCGUAUUGUUGGAAAGAUUCUUGUUACUGUAUCAGAAAGAUUUGAAGCCACCAUUACCACUUUGGAGAACACCAAGGAUCUAUCAAAAAUCACUUUGGCGGAAUUAUUGAAUUCCUUGCAGGCUCAAGAACAAAGAAGGGUUAUGAGAGAAUAUCGAAUUAGACAGGGAGCAUUGGCGGGCAAACAUGAAGAGAGUAGAAGAUACAAAAAGAAAAACAAUAAGAAGAACCAUCCAACAAAUGGAGAAGGAGCAGCUCGCUACAACAACAAAAGCAAAGCAGCAAUUAUCUGCAAGAAUAAAUUGCAGCAGCAAGAUACAGACGCCCAUGUUGUUAUUGAACAAGAAGAGGAUCAACUCUUUGUGGCAUCGUGUUUUGCAAGCAAUGUUUCAACUGAGGCUUAG